AUGAGAUCACUCACUAUUCUGGUGUUUGCCGUGUUGCUUCUGGUUGAGCUCUUCUGCACUGGUAGUGCCGAUGAAAGUCCCGGCUUCUUUCUGAAGAUUACCAAAAACGUACCACGUCUGGGCAAGCGUACUGAAAGUUUCGUCAUGAAGAACAUGAAGACCAUACCCCGCAUUGGACGCAGUCAGGCUCAAUCCUCUGCCAGCCCACUUCUGGCUUGGUUAUGGAAUUCUGACAUUGAUGCGAUUGAACCGCAGCUAAGUAAGCGACGUCUGCCCACUAAUGGAGGCGGGGCCACCGUGGAGCAGGAACUGAACGUAGUGCAGCCCGUUAAUUCGAAUACACUCCUUGAUCUAUUGGACCGAAACGCUAUACCCACAGAGCAUGUCAAAUUCGUACACUGGAAGGACUUUGAUCGUGCCCUGCAGUCGGACAAUGAGCUGUAUGCGAAGGUUAUUCAUCUAGGACGGGAUCCGGAUCAGCGCCUGAAACAGGAUCUCAGCUUUAGCAGCUAUAUACCAAUCCCUGGAUCUGGCGAUGAUCAGAGUCCAGAUUUUAUGCUAUACAGCCAGGACGAUAGAGACUUAUAUGGCAGUACCAGUCGCUUUGAUCGCAAUUUCAUGCGUUACAAUCAUUUGUAGAUUCGAAAAGAGAGUAUAUACGAGUACAUGCAUUCCCUAUGUUUAUUAAGCUAGUGUCGUUGUAUUUGUGUGCGUAAAGGUUUAAAUAAAACCAAACUUUUAAAGUAUUUUUAA